CCUAACACCAUAUGGUAACUUCCUGCAUAAGCUGUUCCAAGAAGUGUAAAAGUGUAAGCAGGAUUCCAAAAGAUGUCUUGCUCGCAUGGGAACCCGAGGAAAUGGUGACAGAACCCAACAUCCAGCCUCGCCAAGGAUCCCAUGGCUCCUUGUAUCAUCCAGCAGAUGGGGAGGAGCCUAUUUGACGAUGCUGACUGACUACAGCAUAACCAUGGGUGAAACAGAAUAACGAGGAACCUUAGCUGCUUCAUGUCCUGUUUGAAUUUUUCCCAAUGAUAACUAGAUGAUGGAUGUUCCGGUACUCAACACUCCAAAAAAUACGCCAUGAAAAGAUUGCAGGACUUAAUUUUGAGAAAAAAUUUCGUAAACACCACCAAUCAAGCACAAGCAUAAAAGGAAACCUACUUUCAGCACAUCAGCAAACGGAGAAGUGUCAUGCCCAAUCAAACAGCCAGCACUCCCCCUGACAGUAAUCAUAGUGCAUCAAUCCUAGGAUUUAUGCUGAUUCCCAUCACAAUCAUAGCUGUCAUUGGCAUUGCAGUUGCAGUGAUAAGGUAUGUUCGAAAGAGACGCAGGUUGGAAAAACUACGCAACAAGCUCGUGCCAAUUUACUCGUAUGACCCCAGUGAGGAUCGUAAUGAUGUAGAAGAAGAAUCUUUAGAUACUAAUGGAGGAGUAAAAGAUAGUCAUGAACCUUCAGAUGAGAAAGCAAGCAAACAGAAUGGUAACCAUGUCUCCACUUCUGAUACUGACAAUGUGCUUUGAACCAAAUAUUGCCAACCAAGAUUCAGGUGCACUAUAUGAAAAACAGUGUUUGAAAAUUGAGCAUGUGGACAAAGGAGUGAUGUUGUCACUACUUAGACAAAUCAGAUGUUAAUCAUGGUAGAAUUGAACAACUGAAAGAAUAACUAUUUUUACAUUGAUUUUUGAAUUAUAAUUGUCAGGUUGUUGCAAAGCUGGAUCUUUCAACUAUAUAUUUGUGUAUUAAAAUUGAGUACAAGUAAACUGAAGAAAUUGAGGUUAAUUAUAUUAGAUUUUGUUUGUUUUCUUUUGUUAUUUGUGUUUGAAUAUGUGUACAUUUUGUUUACUUCAAAAAGAGUUUGUGGCAAUGUUUGGUGAAAUGUUCUCUCGAUCAAGUGGAGUGUCUAGAGACAUAUACUGAAGCCACAUGGGCACAUUUACCUUGAAUGAAUGUUCCCAUUGAUUUGCAUAUGUCUAAAGCUGCCAAUACCAACAAACUUUGGUGUUCAGAUUAAAGAAUUUUUCAUUAGUAUGAUUCUAAAUUUACAUGCCUCUGAAACUGAAAGAGGAUAAAGUAAUGAAAAAGAAAUAUAAGUGCAAAUAGGAAUUAAAUUGUUUUGAGAGUCAGAUUGUCAUAGCUUCUGGGCCACAUGUGACCCAAUACUAUAGUUUGCAUAUGCUAUUUAGCACUGAUAUCUAAAUUCCUUCCACAAGCUCUUUGCCCCCUCUGUCAAGGUGCAUGCAUUGCAAAUUCCAAAAGAACAUGACUGUAAUGUCCUUCUGUCAAAUCUCUCUAAUGAAAUUUACAAGUGCACUAAAAACAUGCCACUCCAUUUUUGAAUUGGUGAACUUUUGAUCAUAUAUUCAUUACCUAACUAAACUUGUCUUUGUGCAGAAAUAGAGAUUUUGCAUGCCUCAGUGUGGUCUAAUUUGCAUGGGAAUAGACAGUGUUCUAAAGGCCACAUAAAUAUGAUAAAGAUCGAGAUGAAGCAUGUUAUUGGAUCAUAUUAAAUGCUUUCUGAAGGAUUAUAGUAAUAUAAAUAAAAAAUACAUUGGAUGCAGGGUGGUGCUUGGGGUGUUCAAUUACACUUGGUAGCUAUUAUCUGUUAAACUCAGUAAUUAUGCAGCUCCUGGGUUGUAUAACUUAUUACCACAUAAAUGUAAUUGAAUGCAUUAAACAUCUCUUUUUAAGUCA